AUGGCUGCGACACUGAUGAGAACACUGCGCGCUCCCGUCCUGCCCCGGCGGACGGGCUGCGGCGCCCCGGCGAGGCUGCUCUUGGCGCAAGCCCCGACGGCGCCAUGCGUCCGGGCGGCGAGGAGCUUCGUCACGACGAUACCGAGGCGCUCUCAGCCGCUGACGCGGGUUUCCAAGCUCUUCGACAACGCCGACGCCGCCGUUGCCGACGUGCAGAGCGGCUCGACUCUUCUCAGCUCCGGCUUCGGCCUGUGCGGUGUUGCCGAGACGUUAAUCCAAGCACUCCACCGAAGAGGCACCAACGCCCUGCACUCGAUGACGGCCGUGUCCAACAACGCCGGCAUGGAGGGCCUCGGCGGCCUCUCCACCCUCACCGAGGCCGGGCAGGUCAACCGGCUGGUUCUGUCGUACCUCGGCAACAACAAGGCGCUCGAGAAGAAAUAUCUCGGCGGCGAGCUCGCCAUCGAGCUGUGUCCUCAGGGGACCUUGGCCGAGCGCCUGCGCGCAGGCGGUGCCGGGAUCCCGGCCUUUUACACGCCCACCGGAGCCCGCACGCUCCUGCAAGAAGGCAAGAUUCCGAUCCGGCUGAACCCCAAGGGCGAGGCCCUGGAGCCAGGCCGCAUACGCGAGACGCGCGAGUUUGACGGCCGGACGUUUCUCAUGGAGACGGCUCUGACGGGCGACGUGGCCAUCCUGCGCGCCUGGAAGGUCGACAAGGCCGGUAACUGCCAGUUCCGGUACACGACCAAGGCGUUUGGCCCGCUCAUGGCCAAGGCGGCGCGGCUCACCAUCGUCGAGGCGGAAAACAUUGUCGAGGUGGGCGAGAUCCACCCCAACGCCGUGGACCUCCCGGGCAUCUACGUCGACCGCGUGGUGCCGGCCACCGAGGAGAAGAGGAUCGAGGUGCUCAAGACGCGCAACCCGGCCGCCGACGCCGCAGCCGAGGCCGACGCCGCUGGCGGUGCCGCGCAGCAGCGGCGCAACCGCAUCGCCCGACGAGCGUCGCGCGAGCUCAGGGAGGGCUACUACGUCAACUUGGGCGUGGGCAUCCCGACGCUGGCGGCGACGUUUAUCCCGGCCGGCCGCACCGUCUGGAUCCAGUCGGAGAACGGCAUCCUGGGCAUGGGGCCGCACCCGACCAAGGACGAGGUCGACGCCGACAUUGUCAAUGCUGGCAAGGAGACGGUGACGCUGGUGCCGGGGGCGUCGUGCUUUGACUCGUCCGAGUCGUUUGGCAUGAUUCGGGGCGGCCAUGUCGACGUUUCUAUCCUGGGGGCCCUGCAGGUCAGCGCCGCCGGCGACCUGGCCAACUUCAUGAUCCCCGGCAAGAUCUUCAAGGGCAUGGGCGGCGCCAUGGACCUGGUGGCCAACCCGGACAACACCAAGAUCAUUGUCGCGACCGAGCACGUGGCCAAGAACGGCUCGUCCAAGAUUGUCCAGCAGUGCAACCUGCCCCUGACGGGCGCCCGUUGCGUGAGCACCAUCAUCACCGACCUGUGCGUCUUCCAGGUCGACCGCCACAACGGCACCCUGACACUGACGGAGUUGGCGCCGGGCGUGAGCGUGGACGAGGUGCGAAGCAAGACCGAGGCCAAGUUUGCGGUGGCGGAUAGCGUCGAGGCGAUGGAGUGA